CCCAACCUUCCGCACGCCAAAUAAGAUUCGAGUUUCGGAUUACUACCUUCUGCUUUUCAGUAUAGCAUUUCGGAAAUCGUAUAAAUCUCAACUCUUCAACUAAUAAAUAUGGUGAGUUGGUUCAUCCCCCCUUAAGUUUUCAGGUCUUUCAAAACAUGAGAACCUAAUCAGCCCAGUUCCUCAAUUUACUAACAUUUGGACUCGCGGGAAAGCUCGGAAAACUUACUCAUUAUGCAUUUGAUGCUGUCCUAUGUAAGUAACUAAACCUUUCCCUGUUCGCUGUCGCUGAUAAGCUUACUGACCGUUCUUGAAACAGUCUCAGCAUUCUUGGCUGGUAUGAAAAGAUCAACUGGUUUAACGUGUGUUUACCCCUAUACUUUCCUUUGCGACUGUACUGCGCAAUGAUCAACUUGCAAUUCAAAUGCAGCAUGUGGACUUCUUGAUCCAGCGGUGUAAUAGGAAGUUGGACCAGAAGGCUGACAAUUCCCGAUUCUUCGGGACUCUAGACCCAGUCUUAAGAAAGAUGUGAGCGAAAACAAAGAGCUCAAUGGUUGGAUCGAGAAAUAUCUUGGAGUUGGUGAAUGGGUUAUGGAUCAGUCGGUAGCCAUCGCAGGGUCAUCCGGCUUCUUCGAGAGGAAGAGAUGAUUCAGACAUUCGAUACCGAUGUACGAGGAAGGAGACAUGCAUCUCGGAUGCGCCUAGGGAACGACUUCACGGCAGAUAUCUUGCGGCUCGGCGAACGAUUGGAGUAGAAAUUCCACGGAGUUUUGGGCGUUUUUUUGAGGACAUGUCUGCCUGAGGGUGGUGAUAUAAGGACGAUAUGGUUAAGGCGACGGGUGGUAUUCUCUUCUAUGAGUUAGGAUACUUUUGCAGACAAAGGGAGGGAACGAAAAUGUAGCUUUAAAUACAGAAGACGUAUUGCCGACUAUGUACAUUUUCUUGCAGAGGGCAUCUCCACAUCUUGUUGACCCAUCUUCCGAGGCACCAGCCGAAAAUACCCGAAUCGAG